UGUCAUUUGACCGAUUGCCAUUUCGGUGCUGGAAUGCCAUUUUUCAUUUCCGCGGAGGUAGACAAAAGACGCGUCGCGGUUUAGUGACCUAAAGUAACUGUUUUUACUUGACAAAAGUGUGUUUUAAUACACCCAAAAUGGAACUACCUGACCCGCUGGCUGAUGAUGUUGACGAGGCGUCCAUCGCAAGAGCUAUCCUUAGCGGGAAUCCGCCAACCUGUCGGAUGUGCCUGGGGGCCCAUCCAAACAUGUUUCAAAUUGACGAAGAGGAACGCUACGGUUCCUUAACCACCAAACGAAUCGCUAAAAUCUCAAAAGUAGUGUUAACCCCUGUGGCCGGAAUACCCUCGUUUCUGUGUAUGGUUUGCAAGUCCUUCCUGCUGGAGUGGGACGCCGCGAACAGAGAGGUUGCUCGAAACAAUGAUCUAUGGAUGGCUUGCCACAUCAAACGCGAAUGGGAGGGCGCCGGAGCUGAUGGGGUAAAAAAUUACCCCAAAACCAAGCGAAGCAGUCAAAUCCGAUACGAGUACGAGUGCGAGCAGUGUCGAAAACCGUUCGUGAGCCUCUACGCUGCCACAAUUCACGUGCUCGAACACAAGAAGGUCGGGCCCCGGUUUAGGUGCCAAAUCUGCGACGAGCGCUGCUUAACCAUCGAAGAAUUUGACGAGCACGUUGCGAACCACGGCGACGGCCUGAAUGUCUCGAAACUUCCCGAUUUGUCGCUAAAGCCAGAACCGGAAGACUAGAGCUGCAUAAAGUGCAUAAAGAUAACAUAAAGUGCAUAAAUACACACCCGUUACGUGUCUUAUUCGUUUCGUACAGUAUAGUGGUCAGAGGCAGAAACAUUUCAUGCGGCGUAAAGCAUCUUGCUUAUCCGGUAUCCGGAGCGCUUUCGAAAAAGGUUGGUUGGGAAAACGAUUUGCUACUGUGCCGCCACACGGCCCGUAAUUCCGACUGUAAAAACGUCAGAUCGUUACGUAUAAAAACCAAAAUGUGAAACGUGUUGUUGGUCCGAGAAACAGAAAU